UACGACAGUUUAUAACUACCAGGUACUUAGCCAUAAAUGCAACUCUAGUCAAAAUCAAGUAAUCAACGGCCAGGAUUAAAUCCAUCGGCAUAACAAUUUUAAAAAAUGCGACUUUAGUUCAAGAAUCGCUAUCCCAAAACCCGUUUUUGAGGCAAAGUCGCUAUUCCAUUCUGCGGACCCACGGAGUUGCCAAAAUGCGGAUAUAACAAAGUCGGUGUUGACCGGCGUUCACCGUGCCUUUCUUUCCUUUUGCGGUUAUGCAGUUUUAUCCGCUGGAGGUUUUCCACGAUUUUCAUUCAAUUUCUUCACCAAACGUGUUUCCGCCUCACAAUUUCGGUUUUCACUUGCCUUUUCUUGAAGCCCGCCUCUAAAUUUGUUGAAUAUAUGCUCGACGGUUACGAAUUAGGGCCAUUGAAUAUUUGAUCGUUAUCCGGCUGCUGCAAACUGGGCGUGGAGGAAGAGUGGAAACGGAUGGAGCUGAAGGGGAAUUUCUUGCAGCAAUUCAAGGUUAGGGAAACUCAGUUGGCGUUGAUUCUCCCAAACAAACGCAAAUCGCUACUCGUCGUGGGAAUGUUUACUAGAGAGACAUUUCCUGCUCAUUACUAUAGAUGGAAGAAUCUAGAGGUUCAUUGCAACAAUGAUCAAAGCAUCCAGCGCUUGCCUCUUUCUAAGAAAGAAAGCUCAAAGCUGCCUGAACUCUCAUUUGACCGAAAGCAACUUACUGAUGAAGAAUGUGCUGGACUGAAAAACUGGAACUUUGGUCGUUUUGUUGCUCGUGAAGCUAUUCUGGAUGAAGAGUAUUGGACGGCAGCAUGGCUCCGAGCAGAAGCCCAUUGGGAAUCCUUCUCAUAUAUGAGGCAUGUUGACAGUUACAAAAGAAAAUAUGCUGAAGAGGAGUUUUAUGCAUUGAGACGAAGAUGUCAUGGGCAGGAAGGAAAUUCACUGAACUGCUUCUGUUUCGUUGCAGUUAAAAAGGAUGAUAAAAAUGGUAAAAGAACUGUACUGAAUAGCAUAGUGGGAACUUUGGACUUGAGCAUAAGGCAAUUUGUCCAUGGCGAAACACAUCCUCGGGAAGCAAAGAGACUAUCGGCUGUUAUGGCUAGCAAAGAACCCUUUGAUACACAUAAAUACGCCUACAUUGCUAAUGUAUGCGUUGCAAAAUAUGCUCGUCGCCAGGGUAUUGCUUCAAACAUGUUAUACUUGGCUACUGAUGUAGCCAGGACUACAGGGAUGAAUCAGAUCUUUGUCCACGUAGAUCCCAACAACAAACCUGCUGAGGAUCUGUACACAAAAGUUGGCUUCCAGGUGGUGGAGGCAGCUUCAUCGGAUGCGUCCAAAGAUCAGCUGACACUCAUGUGCAUGAAAUUGUAAGUUUGUGAUGCAGAGAAAGAAACACUGUCAAUAAUAGGACAGCACGGCCAUAUUUGUGAUGCCGGCUUCUAUCAUCCAGAUGUGUAUUUGUUCCAUCCGAUUUAUAAGGGUCGAAAAGUAGAGCGCAAAUGUGAAUUGUACGUAUUACAAGCAGAUACAAAUUUGUUUAGUUUGGGGAAUGAUAUAUACAAAAGGCUCAUAUAUAGUGUGGUGUAUAUUGAUUGAUUGAUUGAUAACAAAACAUUCCUUAUACUACAUGAUAUACAUGAGAGGCUUGUUUUGUUA